AUGGCGGAAGUCGUCUCUCAAUCACAAUCCCGCCGCCUAUUUAUCACCGACAGAACAACUGGGACCCAAUACCUAGUGGACACAGGCUCAGACGUCUCUGUCACGCCUUGCAGGCGGUCACCAAGCCAAAGGGAGACCAGUGGCUAUAAACUCUUCGCGGCCAAUGGCACCCUCAUUGAUACGUACGGCUCCAUCUCGCCAGAUCUCGGUUUCCGCAGAGAUUUCACAUUGCGAUUCAUCGAAGCAGACGUCAGUAAACCCAUCAUCAGUGCUGACUUCCUGCAUCACUUCAGUCUGCUACCGGACUUGAGAAACGGAGCAAUCAUCGACAGCGCGACAGGCCUCCAAUCGAAUGGCCAGUCCGCGCGAUUCCGCGCGACGUCUGUCAAACUCCUCGAGAUCAAGGAGGAUUCACCGUACGCGUCGAUCCUCAAAGAGUUCCCAACAAUAGCAAAACCGGGAAGAUUGCUCAGAAAAGCGAAGCACUCCACCGUUCAUCACAUAAGGACAACACCAGGACCACCAAUCUCCUGCAGAGCUCGCCGCCUAGCGCCGGAUAAACUCAAAACCACUCAAGCGGAGUUGUCCAGCAUGCUGACGCUCGGAACCGCGAGGAGAUUUGAAAGUCCCUGGGCAUCCGCGCUCGACCUAGCCCCUAAGGGCAACAACGGAUGGAGGCCAUGCGGUGAUUACCGCGCACUCAACGACGGGAGAAUACCAGAUAAGUAG